CGUCUUGUUGUUUAAUUGCUCUGAGGACGGCUGCUAAAGAGACGCAGUAGCCCCACACCCCUUUGGGGCCAAGGAGGAGUCGGGCUGUGUCCGCCAUGUUGGUGAAGGCAAAGGAAGGCGACCGGAGCUGCGGGACGGACGGCUCUGCUGGCUCAAAUCCGCCAUAUUAAUAAAGAGAAAGGGAAGCUUUGACCCCUGGCCCCCGACACACACACAGACAUACCUCUUCUUCCCACCCCGCUCCCACGACCCAGCUCGGUGGGCCUUUCCCCUGCCUCACUUGUCCAGCCUGCCUGAAGGAAGCGUAGCAGACACCGCCCCAGAGCAGGCUGACGACAGCGCCGGAUGAGGGGGAAAGGGAAAUGCCGACCAAUUGCGCCGCGGCGGGCUGUGCUGCUACCUACAACAAGCACAUUAACAUCAGCUUCCACAGGUUUCCUUUGGAUCCUAAAAGAAGAAAAGAAUGGGUUCGCCUGGUUAGGCGCAAAAAUUUUGUGCCAGGAAAACACACUUUUCUUUGUUCAAAGCACUUUGAAGCCUCCUGUUUUGACUUAACAGGACAAACUCGACGACUUAAAAUGGAUGCUGUUCCAACCAUUUUUGAUUUUUGUACCCAUAUAAAAUCUAUGAAACUCAAGUCGCGGAAUCUUUUGAAGAAAAACAACAGUUGUACUCCAACUGGACCAUCUAACUUAAAAUCAAACAUUAGUAGUCAGCAAGUACUACUUGAACACAGUUAUGCCUUUAGGAAUCCUAUGGAGGCAAAAAAGAGGAUAAUUAAACUGGAAAAAGAAAUAGCAAGUUUAAGAAGGAAAAUGAAAACUUGCCUACAAAAAGAACGCAGAGCAACUCGAAGAUGGAUUAAAGCCACUUGCUUGGUGAAGAAUCUAGAAGCAAAUAACAUAUUACCUAAGGGCACAUCCGAACACAUUUUACCGCCUUAAGCAGUCUUCCUUUGGAGGAUUUCAAGAUUCUUGAACAAGACCAACAAGAUAAAACGUUACCAAUUCUCUAAAUCUAAAACAUAUCAAGAGUACUUUCAUUCAAGAUUAGCCUGCAUAGAUCUUGAUACCCAUCCCUUAUUCUAUUCAAAGGUAACGAUAUUUAAAGAAAUAAUGCCAAAAUUGUGUAUUUAAUAAAGUUUUACUUGAAGUAACAUUAUUACUGUAUAACUUAUGAAGACUUGAUUACAAAAAAAAUGGAAAACUUUAUGAAACUUGUUUGGAAAAGCAUGGAAGUGCCUUACAUGAGAAUUACAUACCUAAACAUUUUGCUAGGAAAUUUUGCAAGAUGUGUUGUGUUUUUGCCUUUUUAAACAACUUUUAAAGAACAGUGUAUGAUAAGUAAUGUAUUUCAUUUAUUUUAGAAAAAAAUGUUUUUAUGUACCAAAGUUGAGACCUUAUAUUCUAAGUAAGACAUUAAGUAGGAGUUAACCAACGUUAAAUAUGACUUUAAAACUGCUGGGUUCUUUUGUAUUAAUUAAAUUAUUAUUGACACUGUGACUUGGAACCUUUACAGAAAGAAGCCUGAGGUACAGGGCAAGUUCUUUUAUUUAAACUUUCUGUAUCUUUUUUACAGUAAAAAUGAGCUCAUCAUGACCUUCAUAAGAAUAUUAUCUUUCAAAAUGGACUGUAAAAUAUAUUGAAAAUAUUUUUGAAUGUAAAGUAACCUUGAGUCAUCCAAGUUAGUAAGGCCUCAAGUACCUCAGACAAGUAAAAUCUGUUAGCUGAUUAUAUUAACCUCCUAAGAAAAUAUGUUGUGAAAUAAUGCAAAGAUCGGAAUCUAGCUUUUACCUUAUUAAACAAAAAGAUAACUAUAUACUGUACUACUGUUUUACUCAAAAUAAAAACAAUACAUUUUUUAUUUCAAAAUUGAUGCAUUAAUAAACAAAUAUUCACCCUGGUGAGUUUGGCUCAGCAGUUAAGAGUGUCAGCUGGUGGACUGAAGGGUCAAGGGCAUAUACCUGGUUCCAUCCAUGUUAGGAAACUCCCUCUGCCUGCAUGUGUGUUGAUAACAAAACUUUUAAGCUUUUUUCCCCUACAAACCUACAGAAUUUAAUCAUAAAACUGUACCUACCAUAUUAUAGCUUUAAAAUUUAUAACUUAAAAUGGAAUCAAUUUAUCUUACAUAUCAGAUGGCUUUUUAUCUCCUUUCUUAGUGAGAGUAGAAUAGAACAACUGUACUCCACAUGGGAAAUAAAAUGUAGUUCUCUACAAAAAUACGUGUGUCCGUGAGUAAAGUUCUGCUCUCCAACUGCUAAUUACUUUACAAAAUAAGGGUAUCGGAACUAUUCUUAACGUUGCCACUUGAACAAGUAAAGAGUUUGCCUUACUUCACCAGAUAAAUGUUUAAUAAGAACACUUUUCCUUCACAUAUUUUUGAUCAAAUCAUUCAAAAAUUUAUUGAUGUAUAAUGAAGUUAUUCAAUCCUGAUUCAAGCUUUCUGAUACCACCAUAUGAAAUU